AUCCAAACCCAGUAACGAUAGGACAUACAGAUGCUUCCUCUGAAGUCAUAAUUCGUCUACAGCAUAAUUUUUGACGCAUUGAACUUGAUCGUAAUAUAAAGACUUACGAUUCCUAAAUUUUUGGUUAUUUUUUAAAAAACAAAAUGAACUUUCAACUUGAAAAAGAAAUUGCUGUUAUUGCUGUCCGUAGGGCUAGCUAUUUGACCGAAAAAGUCUUCAACCAACUUAUAAAGGAAAAGAGCGCUGCUGGUGCUCAUUCCAAGGAAGACAAGUCUCCUGUUACCAUCGGAGAUUUCGGUGCUCAAGCUGUUGUGAUUGCCUUGCUUAAGGAUGCUUUCCCCAAGGACCCCAUCGUUGGUGAAGAAGAUGCAGACUAUUUGAGAAGCAACAAAGAUACUUGCUCUCGUGUCUGGUCAUUGGUCCAAGAAUCAAUUCAACAAUCAAAAGAACGCCAAGAACUUGGUCAGAUCAAAGAUGCUGAACAAAUGCUCUCCAUUAUUGAUCAGGGUAACUACACCGGUGGUCGCGAAGGCCGUAUGUGGACACUCGACCCUAUCGAUGGAACAAAAGGCUUCCUUCGUGGUGCUCAAUAUGCAAUUUGUCUCUCUUUGAUUGAAAAUGGAAAGCCCAUGGUGAGCGCCAUCAGUUGCCCCAACCUCCCUUUCGACUUUAAGCAACCCGAAACAAGCCACAAGGGUGUCAUUAUGUCUGCCAUUCGUGGCCAAGGAUCUUUCCAGUACGCGCUUCAUGACUUGACUGCCAAACCCACCCAAGUUCAUAUGAAGGAUGUUCAAGAUCCAAAGGAAUCCAAGUUUUGCGAAGGUGUCGAAGCUGGACAUUCCAUGCAAGGAACUCAAGAAGAAAUUGCUAAAAAACUUGGAAUUGUUUAUGGUCCUACCAAGAUGGAUUCACAGGCUAAAUAUGUCAGUCUGGCUCGAGGUGAUGGUGACAUUUAUCUUCGUCUUCCUACCAGCAUGGCUUUUGAAGAAAAAAUUUGGGAUCACGCUGGAGGUUCCCUCUUGGUUGAGGAGGCUGGCGGUGUUGUGUCAGAUAUGUUUGGUAAGCCAUUAGACUUUGGUGUUGGCCGUACAUUAAAGAACAAUAACGGUGUUAUUGCUGCUUACAAGGGCAUCUUCAAAAAUGUUAUUGAUGCUACAGCUGCGAUCACCUCUCAAGAUCCCCAUUUUAAAAAGAAUUAGAAUAAUUAUGAGUAAAAGCAGUAGUUAUCAACGAACCAAUUUUUUUUAUAGUUAUAUGGACGAAUUGUUUUGCUGUUAUACCACUUGAAGAUUUGCAUAGUUGGAUCGUUUAUCAUGGUUUUCUUCAAUUCCCGAGUAAGUCUUUUUAUUUUUAUAACGAUAUAAAAUCCUAAAAUGUAUAAGAAAGGAAUAAUCUCUUGAGCUCUCUUUCAAGUAUUUCUCAAAUAUUAUUUUAAACCGUCAUUAAAAAAUCAUGAUAUCAUAUUGAAAGGCAUCCCAAACUCGAUAAAAUGAUGCUUGUACUAUACAGACAUCUCAUCUCCCACAUGAUAAACAAUAGAGAAACUAACUACAAAAGGUUAAAAACGUUUGC